AUGUCUGUUUUUGACGGAGCUAUCGGAAUUGACUUGGGUACCACCUACAGUUGCGUUGGUGUCUAUAUGGGCGACAAUGUUGAAAUUAUUCCAAACGAUCAAGGUAACAGAACAACACCAUCUUAUGUUGCUUUCACUGAAGAGGAACGUUUGAUUGGUGAUGCUGCCAAGAACCAAGUUGCCAUGAAUCCACACAAUACAGUCUUUGAUGCCAAGCGUUUGAUUGGUAGAAAAUUCAGUGAUCCUAGCGUUCAAGCUGAUAUGAAGCACUGGCCUUUCAAGGUGAUUACUAAGGGAGAUGAUAAACCAUACAUCCAAGUCGAAUACAAGGGUGAAACACACACUUUUACACCAGAACAAAUUUCAUCCAUGGUCCUCACAAAGAUGAGAGAUAUUGCCGAACAAUAUUUGGGAAAGCAAGUCAAGAAGGCUGUCGUUACUGUUCCUGCUUACUUUAACGACUCUCAAAGACAAGCCACAAAGGAUGCCGGUACUAUUGCUGGUUUGGAUGUUUUGCGUAUUAUUAACGAACCAACUGCUGCUGCUAUUGCCUAUGGUUUGAACAAGAAGGGUGAACGUAAUGUUCUCAUUUUCGAUUUGGGUGGUGGUACUUUUGAUGUUUCCAUUUUGAACAUUGAAGAUGGUGUUUUCGAAGUCAAGGCUACUGCUGGUGAUACUCACUUGGGUGGUGAAGACUUUGACAACCGAAUGGUUGACUUCUGUUGUCAAGAAUUCAAGAGAAAGCACAAGAAGGAUUUGACUGAAAAUCCAAGAGCUUUGAGAAGAUUGAGAACUGCUUGUGAAAGAGCAAAGAGAAACUUGUCUUCUGCUGCCAACGCAACCAUUUCUGUCGAUUCUAUUAUGGAUGGUACUGAUUUGGAUAUUACCAUGACUCGUGCCAAAUUCGAGCAAUUGAACAUGGAUAUGUUCAGAAAUUGUUUCGAACCAGUCAAGAAGGUUUUGCAAGAUUCUGGAUUGGAUAAGUCACAAAUUGAUGAUGUUGUCUUGGUCGGUGGUUCUACUCGUAUUCCAAAGGUUCAAGAAAUGCUCAAGGACUUCUUCAACGGAAAGGAAUUGUGCAAGUCUAUCAACCCUGAUGAAGCUGUUGCUUAUGGUGCUGCUGUUCAAGCUGGUGUUUUGACUGGUAAGGAGACUAGAGUCUUGUUGAUUGACGUUACUCCUCUCUCGCUCGGUAUUGAAACUGCUGGAGGUGUCAUGACCAAGUUGAUUGAAAGAAACACUACCAUUCCUUGCAAGAAGUCACAAACCUUCACAACCUAUGCUGAUAACCAAACUGCUGUCACCAUUCAAGUAUACGAAGGUGAGAGAACCAUGACCAAGGACAAUCACUUGUUGGGUAAAUUCAACUUGGAGGGUAUUCCACCUGCACCAAGAGGAGUUCCAAAGAUUGAAGUCACCUUUGAAAUUGACGCCAACGGUAUCAUGAAGGUUUCUGCUAAGGAUGAAUCCUCUGGUAAGACUGAAAAUAUCACCAUCACCAACGACAAGGGUAGAUUGAGCAAGGAAGAAAUUGAGGAAAUGUUGAAGCAAGCUGAACAAAUGAAGUCUCAAGAUGACGAAUUGAGAAAGAAGGUUGAAGCAAAGAACCACUUGGAAUCCUAUGCUUACCAAAUGAAGUCCACUGUUGAGGAUCCAAACCUUGCUGGUAAGAUUUCUGAUGCUGACAAGAACACCAUCAAGAAGGCAUGCGAGGAAGCUAUUGCUUACAUUGACAACAAUCCAUCUGCCUCUAAGGAAGACUUGGAGAACAAGCAAAAGGAAUUGGAAGGAAAGUGUGCUCCAAUAAUAACCAAGUUGUAUCAAGGAGCUGGUGGUGCUGGUGCAGGUGCUGGUGGAUUCCCAGGUGCAGGUGCUGGUGGAUUCCCAGGUGCAGGAGGUUUCCAAGGCGCUGGAGCAGGUGCUGGUGGUGAAUCAUCCACAGGAGGUGCUCAACCAAAAUUCGAAGAUGUUGAUGUUGAUUAA